AAGGAAUAUCGAUAAGGGAAUUCGGGCCCCAACGUGAGAAGCUCGCAGCUGGUGGUUGCAGGAGUUCCCUGUGGAGAGGGGAUCCUCCGUGACUCAGACCCCCAUCGAAAAGCUCUCGAUUUCACGCAACCAACCUUACCCUCGUCCCCAACAAAAUCCUUGAUUUUAGCCCUGGCAAAAUUAGCGUAGGUGGUCAUGACACCGGGUUCUUCUUUAAAAGCCCUCAGAACCUGGACCGGGCUCCUCAACCAACCCUAGUGUUGGAAGCCACAAGUCAGAAAUCAAGGUCAGGGAGCGGCUGUUUAGGGUGCAUCACUGUUCAGGAUGCACCGGGGCUCCUUUUUCUAAGCAGAAGGGUGCGCCCUGCAAAUUGGGAGCCCGUUAGUUUUGGGGAAGGGUGAACAGGGGCCCCUGGGUCUGGAGGACCGCAUGGAGUCUUGCUUAAGUCUUAGUACGGUCCCCAGGUUUAGGAAUUCGGAAUGUGUUUUGGUUUUGAAGGACUUCCGAGUUUGACAGUAUCGUGGUUGGGUCUGUGUUAGAUGAUUUAUUGGUUUGGGCUUUGAAUCUUCAGCUUGAGGUUCAACAGGUUUUUGGGGGCUGGCGGGGGAGUGCCUCAGUGUUGCACUUAAGGGUUGGAAUUCAGGAUCACGUCAAUCUGGGGACUUGGAAAAUUCCAUAGUUUGGGAUUUUGGGAAGGGGCGCAUGGGGUUGGGAGAUUCCAGGUCCUGAAUUUGGAGACUUAUGAAUGCUUCCUGUUUAACAGUUUUUCUGAUCUCUCAAUUGGGAUGCAGUGAGAACCCUAAAUUUGGGGUCCCCUGGGUUGGGGCUCAGUUUCACACUUCGGAGGCAUUUGAUGAAGGACAUAGGUCCUCUUUAUCUGGAGAUUUCCUGAAGAUCCUCUUUUCGCGGUUUGGGGACCCCAUGGAUAGGGAGCCCAGUAGGAUUUCUUAAGAUGGAUUUUGGCUUUUCUCCGUUUAGCGUUCUCCUGCUCUCGGUUUGGGGUGAGAGCACCCUUCCUAACGGUCUUCGGGAACUGUGCGCGCCGGCUGCAAUGGGGCCGCAUUUUACCCUCCUGUGUGCGGCGCUGGCCGGUUGCUUGCUUCCUGCCGAGGAGUGUGUUAUAUGUGACCCGUCUGUCGUGCUGGCGCUAAAGUCCCUGGAGAAAGAUUAUCUGCCUGGCCACUUGGAUGCGAAGCAUCACAAAGCCAUGAUGGAAAGGGUAGAGAAAGCCGUGAAGGAUUUCCAGGAACUGUCGCUUAAUGAGGAUACCUAUAUGGGGGUCGUUGGUGAGGGCAGGGGGGGACCACGGACCCCUGGGUCCUGGGAAAGGGAAGGAGGGAGAUAAGACCAGGGGGAGGAAGAGGCUGACAGCAAGGUCUCCGGGAUUCGGGAAUGGAGAAGGCUGAGAUGCAGAUUCUGAGGUUUCCCGGGACGAGGCCACACUGCAAAAGGGGUCCUGGAGUUUGCUGAAGGAUCUGAAACGUAUCACAGACAGUGAUGUAAAAGGUGAUCUCUUCGUGAAGGAGCUAUUUUGGAUGUUGCACUUGCAAAAGGAAACCUUUGCCACCUAUGUUGCUCGAUUCCAAAAAGAGGCUUAUUGUCCCAACAAAUGUGGUGUGAUGUUGCAAACUCUGAUCUGGUGCAAGAACUGCAAAAAGGAGGUUCAUGCUUGUCGAAAGUCCUACGAUUGUGGGGAGCGCAAUGUGGAGGUUCCUCAAAUGGAAGAUAUGAUCCUGGACUGUGAGUUAAACUGGCAUCAGGCUUCUGAAGGCCUCACUGAUUACAGCUUUUACAGGGUUUGGGGGAACAAUACGGAGACCUUGGUGUCCAAGGGGAAAGAGCCCACCCUGACCAAGUCCAUGGUGGGUCCAGAGGAUGCAGGCCGCUACCGCUGCGAGCUGGGCUCUGUGAAUUCCAGUCCAGCCACGGUCAUCAAUUUUCGCGUCACAGUGUUGCCCGAAAGGAUCGAGGAGGAAAAACCGUCCCCAAAUAUCGUAACCUCGGGGGAGGCGACCACGGAGUCGUCCAAUACCCUCCAGCCUCUGAAGCCCGAGAAAAUGCUGAAAGGCCGCCUUCUGGGGCUGCUGAUCUGGGGCUCCCUAGCACUGAUAACCGGCAUUACCUUUGCGAUAUUUUGUCGAAGGAGGGUGAUCGAUUUCAUCAAGUCCUCACUGUUUGGCCUUGGCAGUGGAGUGGCGGAGCAACCCCAGGUCCCAAAAGAAAAAGCCACAGAUUCGAGACACCAAUAAAGAUUUAUCUUGUUGUCUAA